UACACUUCAUAUUGGUAAGUUGUAAGAGAGAGAAAGGAGAGAGAGAGAGUAGUGGAUAAUGGAUUGCCGGAAAUUCGACAUAACCUUGAUAGCAGCAAACGAUCUAGAAGUGGUCCGAAAAGUAUUCAAGAUGAAAGUACACGCGCGUAUUUCAAUCGGGUCAAACCCAGAAACAGAGAAAUGGACUCCACCGGACAAGCACGGCGAGGCAAACCCGGCAUGGAAUUACACGGUGAAGUACACGAUCGGAGAAGCCAUGGUUCGUCACUACGGGACCAUGUUGGUCAUAAAACUGUACUGUCGGAGAAAACUUGGAGACAAGUACGUUGGGGAGAUUCACGCGCAGAUGAAGGAUCUGUUUGAACACGCGCAGAUGUACGGAGGUAGCGCCUCCGUAUGUUAUCCGGUUCAGAAAGGGUCGGUUAAUUCGAAAGGAGAGUUAAGGUUUUCGUAUAGGUUUGGUGAAUGUGUUAGCGUUGACACAAUGCUGUUAGCUGAAGGUAUUGCUGAUUGGGCUAAGUGUAUGUAAUUAAUCAUUUAGUCAACUCUUGAUCAUCAUCAUCAUAGGUUUAUUGUUUGUUGUUUAUUUAACAAAUGUUUUCAUUUCUUUCUUUCUUUCUUUCUUGAUUGAUUAUGUGCUUAUCUUCUUGUUUUUAAUUGAA